GAUGUUUAUUUGGUGCAGAUUGAUUUAGUGUCGGAAACAAUUCCUGCUGCUCUUCACUGCCUUGUUAUUGUCCGUUGGACGAGAACCAUGUCCAGGAUCUCUCUUCGGCACAUCUUCACCUUCUUCUCUGCUCAGGCUGAAAGUUCGACACCUGACGGCUCGAGACCGGGACCUCCGCAGCAGCUUCAGCAGGCGCGCCGGGGGCAAAGCUCACGCGACGAGGAAAAACCUGGUUCUGUGCGCAGCAGCAGCAGCAGCCGCGGCCGCCGCCGACAUGAGCCUCAAAGCGGACUCUGAGCCCAACAACAGCGUCUCUAUCGAGGAGGAGGUACGAACUCUGUUUGUCAGCGGCUUGCCGGUUGACAUCAAACCACGAGAACUCUACCUGCUGUUCAGACCUUUCAAGGGUUAUGAAGGGUCACUGAUUAAGUUAACAUCAAAACAGCCUGUCGGGUUUGUAACCUUCGACUGUCGCUCCGGAGCUGAAGCUGCAAAAAAUGCGUUAAAUGGUAUCCGUUUUGACCCCGAAAGCCCCCAGACCCUGCGCUUAGAGUUUGCUAAAGCCAACACGAAGAUGGCAAAGAGUAAGCUGAUGGCCACACCGAACCCCACAAAUAUCCACCCUGCUCUAGGAGCACACUUCAUUGCACGGGACCCAUAUGAUCUGACUGGGGCAGCACUGAUCCCUGCGUCCCCCGACGCCUGGACUCCUUACCCCCUGUAUACCACGGAGCUGACCCCAGGCCUCCCUCACGCUGCCUUCACGUACCCGACAGCCGCUGCUGCAGCUGCAGCUGCAGCCCUCCACGCCCAGAUGCGCUGGUACCCUACUCCCUCUGAGACUUCCCAGCCUGGAUGGAAGUCCCGGCAGUUUUGUUAGAUAUUUAGCCUCUGGAAACCACACCUUUAUCCAGCUGACGUGAGGCUUACUGAACUCUUCAUUUAAUUUAAUCAAGUUAAUUUAAUGGACAAAUGUGCAUUAUUACACAGUAUUUAUCUCCCCCCGGUGGUCUCUGGGUGGAGUUGGAGUUAAAAACAAUUUUGCUGUCGACAAUCUAAACUUAUCCUUGGUGGUGAUUGCGGUACCAUCUGCACUUAAAAAAAAAAAAACACAAAUAAAACUCUUCCUAAUURCGAAGGAAAAUUGAUGUUUUAAGUUGGUCCCUUCACGGGUCGCCGCUGCUCCUGGGAGGUGUAGAGCUGUUCAGUCAUUGCAUGUUCAAGUCUUUUUGGCAUGAAUUUAGAGCGCAGAUUUCUGUGUAUCCUAAUUUUGUUAGUGUUUGUGUUACCUUUUGACAUAGACAGCAAAAAGCUAUUAAUUUUUGUUUUCUUUGUGUAGAACCUUGGUCUUACCUCUGUAAGCUAGGCUGUUGUGUAAAUGGCUUAUCUCGCAUGGACCUUGUGAAUGCUUCCCUACAUUUGGACAAUCCCAGGCCUCAUCUGUCUUUAUUUGAGCAAAGGAAAGUACAAAUCCUCUGUACUCUUUUGUGUAAUGUAUAUUUAUGCAUUUUUGUGCAACUAAAUAAUGAACCUAUAUAAGUUGGAUGUUAGUCAUCUCUUGUGUUUGGUGUUCAUUUUUUUGAUCCUAUAAUCCUGUUGAAGUAGUUUUAAAGAAAAGUGCAAUUUGUUUAAAGGGGAAGUUAGUAUCUGUCAAAAAAAUGGAAGUAUUGAGCUUGGCUUGUGCCGUUUUGCUAAAAUGAGAUUGCUGUGAAACUGGACUACAAAUGUAAAGGUUUGCUUUUUGGGGGUGGGAGGGGGGGCUUUUUGAAAUGGGUAGCAAGAUUAGACUGAUGAAGGAAUUUAGUUUGUGGUUAAAAACCUGUUUGUCUUUGUAUCUGCUGUGCAUAAGAUGUUAAAAACAAACCUCAUCUUAUGAAUAAAAGAAGUGAAUGCAUUUCUC